AUGACCAAAGAAGCUGAAAGAAAACUCAGAAAACUCUCUAACCUUUGUAUCAAACAUGUACAUCAAUAUGGAUCUAUAGGCCUAGUCCAACAAACCCAACCACAUCAGGUUCCUCUAAUCUCAGAUAGGCCUUGUCUGGCUUCCCUCUUAGGACUACCAAUACCAGUAGGCCAAAAACCCUUUCUACCUAAACCACCGAAGAUUCCUACUUCCCCAUUCAAGAGCAAUUCUGUCCCAAACAACCCUGAAACCUCUACAAAUGACCAACAAGUUUGCAACUUAUCCAACCACCAGCUCUCAGAAAUAGAAAAAACAGUUUUGACCAAGGGUCUCAGUUUUUGUCCCACACCCCGUUUUGACCAUUUUGGCCUAGUGAAAGACAUCAUGUCGCUAGCUAGGAACCUACGUCUCAAACAUUAUUUCAACUCACAAGAUCAAGACAACUCGAAAUCCAACAGUGUGGCGCCCUCCCUAGCGAAGUUUGCUCCACCCUCGGACUUCGAUCCCCCACCGUUACCAGCAGACCAUCCGAUAGAACAAUAUAUCAACUUCUUGGUACAAAACAUCUCAGAUCCUACUUUCGAAAACAACGUAACCUCUACAACACUCCAUAACCUCACCGAAGCCGAGAAAAAAGCCAUUUCAACUUUAAAAUCAAAUACUGAUAUCAUGAUCCUUCCAGCUGACAAAGGCUCGACCACAGUGAUAAUGAAUAAAUCUGAUUAUGUGUCAGAAAUCCAACACCAGCUCAGUGAUUCUUCCACCUACCUCCCUCUGAAAGAAGAUCCAACUAUAAAGUACACCGCUGAACUCAAGGAAAUAAUUUACAAACACUCCAAAUCCAACAAUAUCUCCCCAGAAACAACAAAUCUGUUAAUACCAGAAGAACCCAUCUGCCAAAAAAUCUACAUAUUACCAAAAAUCCACAAAGGCAUAACACCACCGCCAGGAAGGCCCAUAGUAUCAGGCUGCGGUUCUUUAACGGAACGUAUCUCUUCAUACGUAGACGCCUAUCUACAACCGCUAGUACAAAACUUGGCCUCAUAUAUCAAGGACUCCAAUGAUUUUUUGCAAAAACUUAACAAUGUCAGACAACCACUCCCCGCUAACACUCUCAUGGCCACUAUUGAUGUCACCUCACUCUACACAAACAUACCUCAUGUCCACGGCCUAACAGCAACAGAAAACUACCUUCAAAACAGACCCAAAGGAUCCCUACCCACCACUUCGUUUAUAACUCAACUGAUAAAAUUCAUUCUGGAAAAGAACUAUUUCCAAUUUCAGGACAAACACUUCCUACAGAUCAAGGGCACUGCCAUGGGUACACGAAUGGCCCCAUCUUAUGCUAAUCUCUACAUGGGGAAUUAUGAAGAAAAGUUUUUGUCUAGCCGUGAACACCUCCCCAUCUGCUGGUUUAGAUACAUUGACGACAUUUUCAUAAUUUGGACCCACGGUGAAGAAUCACUACGGAAGUUCCUGGAAGACCUCAACAGUUUUGGACCGCUAAAUUUCACCUGGGAUUUCUCUGAGACUUCCAUAAACUUUUUAGACCUUACAAUUCAUCUAAGGAACAAUAACCUCACCACAUCUAUCCACAUAAAACCGACCAACCACCAACAAUACCUCCAUUUUUCUAGUUGUCAUCCGAAUAACACCAUGAGAUCACUUCCUUACAGUCUUGCCCUAAGGGGAAAUCGCCUAAUUUCAGAACCGAAAGACCGUACACAAUACCAAACCCAACUUCAAAAAGCCUUCGAAAACCGAGGCUAUCCUAGUACUCUCGUAAAAUCUCAGAUCCAAGCGGCUCAGAACCCACGUCCAACUACAAAGAAAAAUACCAACCAUCUUCAAGUAAAUUUGAUAACCACUUACCACCCUGGCCUGCAACAACUAAACAACCUCCUUAAAACAGGUUUCAAAAUCCUAGAGUCCUCCAGCCAAACCAAAAACCUCCUUUCAAGAGCCCCUUCCAUAAUCUAUAGGCAACCCCCAAAUUUGAGAAAUAUGCUAGUCCACCCAAAACUCCCAAAUCCAUCAAAAAUACCAUUUGAGAAACCAAGACCGGGCUCAUACCCAUGCAAUGAAAACCGAUGUAAAUCUUGCCAGAUACACCAUCCUACAGAAACUUUUACCAGCACACACCAUAAUAAUAAAAAUUACAGAAUCCAAGGCCAUCAUACCUGCAGCUCAGAGAACCUUAUCUACCAGCUUCAAUGUUCACAUUGUCCAGCCCAGUACAUAGGCCUAACAACCGAGACUCUCCGAAAACGCAUGAACGGCCAUCGACAUGAUGUUAAAACUAGCAAAGAAAAACCAGUUGCACAACAUGCCUUAUUCCACCAACUUCUAUUUGAUGACUGUUUCACCAUAAAAGCUCUAAAAUCAUUGCCAAAGAACCAAUGCAAUAGUUCAAUGCUCAGAAGAUGGGAAUUAGCUUACCAGUUUGUGACCAACUCCAGAACCCCACCUAACCUCAACAUUAGAUAA